AACAGUGUUAAGCUUAUUCUGCGACAAUAAGUGUGUCUAUUUAUUUGAAACCUAUUUAAAAUAGUAAAUUGUGCGCUUUCAAGAUGAAAAAUCCUGUCUUAGAUAUGUUUUUUAAAUAUGAAAAAUUAACAAAUAUUUCCAAAUGCAAUGUUGAAAAUUGCACAGCUAGCCUAAAAGGAAAACAUGGAUCAAAUCUUGAAAAACAUAUUUUUGCAUAUCACAAAACGCAAUACGUCGAACUACAAAAUGCUAAGUCUUAUACAUCAGAUACCAGUAUUCAAAACUCAGCAGAAAAAAGAAAAGCUGGAAACUGUGGAAAACAAAAGUUGAUGACAAAUUUUAUGAAAAAACAGUGCAUUACAAUUAACAUGUCCGAGCAAAUAUUGUUAACCGCCUGUGUAGAGUUAGUGACAAUGAAUGGAAGACCAUUAACAAUGAUGAAAGAUUCUGGUUUUAGGAAAAUAAUAGAUCCAAUAUUAGUUGGUCUUGGAUCUCAAGGCAAUUGUAUUAAUAUUAACGAACAUAAUAUAAAAAAACAUAUUUCCGAUACUGCUUCAAAUAUUAUUUCAACUAUCACUCAAGAUAUGAAUAAUAAACUGGUAUCUCUAAAAGUAGAUGGUGUUACAAGGCACAAUAAAUCGUUUUUAGGAAUAAAUGUUCAAUACAUGCUUGAAAAUACCAUGGAUUUACGUAUUAAAACUCUAGCAAUUUUUGAACUCGCUCAACGUCAUACUGCGGUCUACUUAAAAGAUACUAUUGUUGAAGUGAUGAAUAAAUAUAGUCUAAAAAAGAGACAAUUGUUUUCAAUUACAAGCGAUAAUGCUCCAAAUAUGCUGAAAAUUUCAGAUCUCUUAAAUACAAGCACUGAAGAAGAAAUAGUUUUAGAAGAAGUUGAUACAGAUACAGAGUUCAAUUUACAGACCGAAAAUAUAAACAAUGAUUUGACCCAGUUUGAAAAUGAAAUAGAAAAUGCUGUUAAUUCUUUACCAACUACAUCUAAAAUUAGAUGUGCAGCACAUAGUUUGAAUUUAGCUAUAGAAGAAGCUUUGAAAAUUAUAAGUGUUCAAAAUGUUUUAGCACGUGCUAGAGCGGUUGUUAAAAAAUUACGUACACCAAUUUUUGCUACACUUCUGAAAAGACAGAAUAAAAAAUGUGCAAUUCGUGACAUAGAAACUCGUUGGUCAUCAGUGUACGAUAUGCUUUCAAGAUUGUGUGAGUUGAAAGAUUUUUGUCUUGAAUUUCAAGAAACAAUGCCAGAACUACUAAUAUCCAUUUCAAAUUGGAAUAAAAUUGAAGAAAUGGUUGAUACACUGAAACCAGCUAAAAUAGGACUUGUCCAAUUACAAAAAGAAGAUAUAACAUUGAGUGAUUUUUUUGCCAUUUGGUGGAAUGUGAUGGCAAAAUUAAAAAAAAAAAAUUCAAUUUUAUCUAAUGCGCUACAGAAUACUAUGCAUCAAAGACAAAUAUUAUUAUUUGCUAAUCCUACAUUUGCAGCAGUGACUUACUUGGAUCCUCGAUUUCAAUGUAUACUGGAUGCAGACCAAAAAUCCAUAGCAAAGGAUCAUUUGGUUAAAACAUGGAAUACAAUUUUAGAAGUGGAAGGUAAUGUUCAAUCUAGUCAAAGUCAUGUAGUUGAAACACAAGUGCAAAUGGACGAAAACAUUGAUAAUGAGAUGGACGAUUUAGAAGUUUUUUUACAAACCCAAAACAACAGUAAUAUAGGAUCAGUAACUACUUCAGUGGGGCAUCGAUCAGUUCGUAUAUUGAUAGAAGAGUUUGAUAAUGUUACAAGACUUCAUCAUAAUAAGUGUGUUCAUCAAUUCUGGAGGGAAAAUAAAUUGCAAAAACCUGAACUAUUCAAAUUAGCUCAAGUAUUAAUGGCUGUCCCAAGUACUCAGGUAACUGUUGAACGUACAUUUUCUGGGCUCAAGUUUAUAUGUAGUGACCUAAGAUCAUCAUUAUCAUCAGAUUUGCUCAAUGAAAUCAUGAUAAUAAGAGCAAAUAAGAUAGGAAUAUAGUGUAUAUUACACAGACUACUUUUUUUUGUUUAUUGUUUUGUUUUUCAAAUAUUAAAUUUGAACUUUGAUCAUAAUAAAAUGUUUUGUAUUUCAAUUGUUUCAUGUUUAUCAAACUG